CUCCUAAAUCAAAGUUGGAAGGCGAGGACUGGGCGGAGGGGCCUCCGGGUGCCGGGCCGGGGCCGGCGGGGGGAGGGGGAAAGGGAUGGGGGGCGGGCACAGAGGACGGAGGAGCCGGCCGGACACGGACUGCUCCCUCCCUCAGCUCAUCCCCGCGUCCCCACUUCCCUCCUCCCCUCGCUCGGAGCAGCAUCCUCUGCAGACCCUCGGUCCUCAUUCCCGGGGUCGUCCGGCUCCCGCGGCUCCGUGUAAUUACUCCCCUUCACUGGCCAACCCGGGAACUUUCUCCUCCCGCUCUCGGCAGUGGGGGGUCGAUUUGCCUGGGCGGAUUUUUCCUGGGGUUCACUGGGGGGCAGUCUCUGGAGAAGGGCCUCAGAGUCCCAGAGAGACGUCUGCCACCUGCCACCUGCACCCAGCAGACCUGCCGUCGGGUCUUGGCACCCUCUCUCCCCCUCUCCCCCAAUCAUGACCGAAAUGAGCGAGAAGGAGAACGAACCGGAUGACGCGGCCACCCACACCCCCCCGGGGACCAUCUCUGCCCUCCAGGAAACCAAGCUGCAGAGGUUCAAGCGCUCGCUUUCCCUCAAGACCAUCCUCCGAAGUAAGAGUGUGGAGAACUUCUUCCUUCGCUCGGGCUCUGAGCUCAAGUGCCCCACUGAGGUGCUGCUGACGCCCCCAACCCCACUGCCCCCUCCCUCCCCACCACCAGCAUCUACAGACGGGGAUGUCCCGACGCCGGCCCCCUCCCCCUGCCCCAUCCCACGGCCCCUGGCACCACUCAAACCAGUAAGACUGCACAGCUUCCAGGAACAUGUCUUCAAGAGAGCUAGCCCCUGUGAGCUAUGCCACCAGCUCAUUGUGGGAAACUCCAAGCAGGGUUUGCGAUGUAAGACGUGCAAAGUGAGUGUCCACCUCUGGUGCUCUGAGGAGAUUUCCCGCCAGCAAUGCCCAGGCAAGGCGUCCUCCUCCUUCCGUCGCAACUUCAGCUCCCCGCUCCUGGUGCAUGAGCCACCCCCCGCCUGUGUCACAAGCAGAGAGUCCCCACCCACUGGGGCCAGCGGCAAGGUAGACCCCGUCUAUGAGACCCUGCGCUAUGGCACCUCCUUGGCUCUGAUGAACCGCUCCAGCUUCAGCAGUACCUCUGAGUCCCCCACGCGGAGCCUGAGUGAGCGGGAUGAGCUGAAUGAAGAUGGGGAAGGCAGCAUUCGCAGCUCAGAGGAGGCCCCUGGAGAGAGUGUAUUCACAGCCCCAGCUGAGAGUGAAGGGUCAGGACCGGAGGAGAAGAGCCCCGGACAACAGCCCCCCAAACCCCUUCUGCGGAAGGACGUGGGACCCAUGUACUCCUAUGUCGCGCUCUACAAGUUUCUGCCCCAAGAGAACAACGACCUGGCUCUGCAGCCUGGGGACCGGAUCAUGCUGGUGGAUGACUCUAACGAGGACUGGUGGAAGGGCAAGAUUGGCGACCGGGUUGGCUUCUUCCCAGCCAAUUUUGUGCAGCGAGUCAGGCCAGGCGAGAACGUUUGGCGCUGCUGCCAACCCUUCUCUGGGAACAAGGAACAGGGGUACAUGAGCCUCAAGGAGAACCAGAUCUGUGUGGGCGUGGGCAGGAGCAAGGAUGCUGACGGCUUCAUCCGCGUCAGCAGCGGCAAGAAGCGGGGCUUGGUGCCAGCCGACGCCCUGACCGAGAUCUGAGAGGAGCCAAGAGAACCCAGAUGCCACCCUGCCCAUGCCUGGCCCUUGCUUCUGGCCCCAGAGGGGAAAAGGCAUCUGCCCUCUGCCUCUUUCCUAGGGGCCACUCCCCGGGACUUGGGAGCCUUCUGCACUGAGGAAGGUUUUAUUUCUUGGGUCCCAAGAUGCCCUGAGGGAGUUGCUCCUCUGGGACUUGGGGAUGAGGAAGGAGAAAGUGGGAGGGAAUGGGGAAACUCCAGGUAGGUCCAGCCCAUGCCCGGACAUCCAGUUGCCACGCUGAAUGCAGCCCUGGGGAGGGGGGCGUUCCUGGGGAACUUUCCCGCUGCUUUGUCCAGAGAGCCUCCCCACACCACCUCUGCAUGCCCAACACUGUCCCCCUCGCCCCGCAGAGCCCCUGCUUGGGUCUACGUGCGUGACCUUGCGGCUGCCCCUUUGGAAGGAAGUGGGGCCUUGGGAAGGUGCCUUUCCAAGUCCCCCAGGUCUCUGCCCUCUGCCCAGGGUCAGGUGGCGGUUCAGGGCUGCGGGAGGAUCCUGAGUCCAACUCCUGGUUUCACCACCUCUGUCCCUCCAUCAGUUCUCAGGAAAGUUCUGCGGGAAUCUCUCUCCUUACUUGAAACCCCGGGCAGACAGAGGAGGAGAGGGCCGAGUUCUGGGGAAAGCACGGUAAAUCAGAGACUGUCUCCUCAAAGAGAACAGUCAAUCAGCACAGAGCGGCCUCGUGGUGCCCUUGCCCACUGGGGAAGGACACUCAGUAGCAUCCUGCACACAGAAACCUAACUGAGAACAACAACAACAAAAAACCAGCCCGUGCUUUGUCAGAACCCUCAUUUGACUGUCAGGAAUCUGGAAGUCUCAGCUAGCAGGACUGACCAGCCAGGGGAGCUGUGCUUAGUUUCUGCCCCAGGUCUCACAGGGCCCAGCCCUGGGAGCCCCACCCUCAGGGCCAACCUCCAUAUGGCCCUUCCUCACCCCCUUCCUCUGGGCCUUGCCGGAAACACUGGUACCCCUCCUUCUGUGCAAGAGUCCCUCUUCUGGUUGUAGCUGUGCCCUUCUCCUGGACACCGAGUCCUGGGAGGAAGAGGGAGUGGGAGAUUGUCAAGACCCAUCAUUCUCUUUGGCCACCAGGAAAGGAAGGGGGUGGGCACCAUGAGUGUGGGGUAGGCACACACAUGAAGAGGACCCCUCCCUGGCGGGUUGCUUUUCUCUGGUGCCAACCUCCCUCUCCCCCUAAGCUCAGAGCCUCCUCUCGUGCCCUUGAUCGUGCCAGCCAAUGCCAGCCCCCAUCCUGGGCACAGUCACACCCUCCCACACAGUAGGAGGGACACAUCCUCCUACCACUGGCCCCUGCCCCAUUUCUCCCCGUCCAUGAGGGGCUCAAGCCACACUGCCCUGUUUGCUGCCACGGGGUCCCCCCAGCAAUAUCCCAGGGGCGGGCCCCAUGCCCACGGUACACGAGGCUGCAUGAUGGGUCUACGGGGGCGUUGCUGAGCCCCUAGACCCUUUAAAUAAAUGUUUCUCG